UAGACACCCGCCGCCAGGUACAGGCGGAGGCGCUGACGACGCCCGAGUGGAUGCGCGGCCGGGCCGGGGCUCGUGGCUAGUGAGAGCCGAGCAGCCGCCGCCCAGUCCAGCGCAGCAGCCCGCGGGCAGAGCCCAGCGCCGGGGCGGGCAGCCCGCCCGUGCCGCACCGCAGCGCCCUGCCCAUGGCCACUCGGGUGCUGACCAUGAGCGCCCGCCUGGCUCCCAUGCCCGAGGAGCCGGUGUUCGCACAGCUCAAGCCCGUGCUGGGGGCCAGGGAAGCGCCUGUCUUCCCCGGAGAGGACCUGAAGCAGCAGCAGCCGCCGCCGCAACCGCAGCAGCAGCACCAGCACCCGGGGGGCGGCGGAGGGGGCGGCGGCGCGGCCCUGCCGGGCGAGGAGAUGGUGCAGACAAGGUGUGAAAUGGAGAAAUACCUGGCACCUCAGCUUCCACCCGUCCCAGUCAUCUCUGAGCAUAAGAAGUACAGAAGAGAUAGUGCCUCAGUCGUAGACCAGUUCUUCACUGACAGCGAAGGCUUGCCUUACAGCAUCAACAUGAACGUCUUCCUCCCUGACAUCAGCCACCUAAGAACCGGCCUGUACAAAUCCCAGCGGCCCUGCGUCCCCCACAUCAAGACUGAGCCCGUCACCAUCUUCAGUCACCAGAGCGAAACUGCUGCCCCCACUCCUGCCCCUACCCAGGCCCUCCCUGAGUUCACCAGCAUUUUCAGCUCUCAUCAGACGCCCGAUGUGAACAACAUUUUCAUCAAGCAGGAGCUCCCGACCCCUGAUGUCCACCUUUCUGUCACGCCCCAGCAGGGCCAGCUUUACCAACUCCUGAGCUCGCCGGACCUCGACAUGCCCAGUGCUGCCCCUCAGGCAGCCGUCAUGGACUCCCUUAGCAGUGUCUCCAUGCCAUCAGCCAUGUCAGGCCUCAACACCCUCUCCCCGGCUGUCCCACAGACUGCAAUGAAACAGUUCCAGGGCAUUCCCCCAUGCUCCUAUACAAUGCCAAACCAAUUUCUUCAGCAGCAGGCCACCUACUUCCCCCCUUCUCCCCCCAGCUCAGAGCCUGGCAGUCCGGAUAGACAAGCAGAGAUGCUACAGAAUUUAACUCCUCCUCCAUCAUACGCUGCCACUAUAGCUUCCAAGCUGGCAAUUCACAACCCAAAUUUACCUGCAACUCUGCCAAUAACACCCCAGAACAUACAGCCAGUCAGAUACAACAGAAGAAGUAACCCAGAUUUGGAGAAAAGACGCAUCCACUACUGUGACUAUCCCGGCUGCACAAAAGUGUAUACGAAGUCUUCUCACUUAAAAGCACACCUGAGAACUCACACGGAUACUGACACAAUUGCAGCUCGUGGGCCUACACCAAGGUAGGCUCGGGACAAAACUUUGCUUAUUCAUGCGCAUGGGAGCCUAGCCUUCAAAACCCAGAACUUCGUAGGGAUUGCUCCUAAGGAUGGACUUGUGUAGACAAAGGAGGCAAGGGGAGGAAUGCUGAGCUCCCCAACAGCACACUUAAAGCUAUUAGGACAGUUCUGGGAUCUUAAUACAAAACUAGUUGUGCUACCGUAAGAAGACAAUUUUUACUUUACAGUAAAAAGACAAUUACUUAUUUAUUUGACAAAAAAAAAAAAAAAAGGAAGGGGACUACUACCUGUGUUUUUAAAAUGGAGUAUGAGCUUGAACUCUUACCUGCAAACAUCAAUUUAAAGCAAAACAGAAGUUGCGCUUCAAGCAGUUUGCUUAUUGAAGCAGGCUGCCAGCACUAAGGUUGUGCUGUUCAAGUAAUGAGUUUUCACCUAAGUUUAAACCAAAAGUCAAAACAAAAUUUAACGUGAGCUGUGAUCCAGCAAAAUGCUUUGCUGUCUCUGUGGAAACAAGGCUGUGUUUUCAGCUGUUCUGAAUGGAUUGUUAGAUUAUCGUAAGAAAUUGAGUUUCUCCAGGCUAAAUGUUACUAUGGAAAUUUUGUUUUGAUAAAUGAGUUAUCUGUGUUGCACUCACAGUUUUUUUUUUUUAAAGUUCUGAGCAACUCUACUGCUUUAUUUUCAUAAUAGACUAAACAAGAACACUUUAGUAUUUUUGAUACGUAUAGUCACUCAUUACUGACUAGAUUAAUAAGAAUAUUUUUGUGAGACUAUAAACCUGAAUAAUGUCAGACAGUAUAAUACUAUUGGUCUUUAAUAAAUAACCUUUAAGUUGUGUCCGUGCAAUUUAGCCAGCACUUGAGUCUCAGUUUUAAAUGUCACUUGCUAUUUUACAGUAACUAAGAAGAAGAUAAAAGCAAAGUUCGACUCCAAAAAAAUGAGUGUUACUUGGGCAUCAUUGUGUACCACUUUCCCUUUUUAAAAUCAGUGUUUUUGUUGUUUUUUUUUUUUUUUUACCUUCAGUGGUAAUGACUUCAGGGUUUAUGAAGUUAAUGUUUGCACAGAAAUAUAUACACUCCUAAUACAUACUGCAUAGGGUCACUAAUGUUUAUUGUUACCUUCACUUUUUUACCUAUAGAUGUUUGACCUUAGAAAUGUGGAUUAAUGUGUAGAGGUCAGAGAAGCUGAUGUAUUCAUGGAAACAAGAAUGUUGGAGAUAAAAAUCUGGUGAAUUUAAGCAAGCCUAGAAUACAAAGGGUCUUCUGGGGAGGUGAAUGAAGGGAUAAACUGUCUGAAGUGCUAACAUGCAAGAAUGCGAGUCCAUAUCCUGUUACCUGCAUUAUUUCAGAGUUUGGAUUAGUUUAGCUCUCUUGAAUAUUCAUUUAAUACUUGAAGAUUUCCAGUACAGAUUGUAAUCUCUCGCUUAAGAUACGGCUGAAACGUGUCGAUUUACGAGCAGGAUCUCUGACGUACAGAUACCACAUAAAUCAAUCAACUGAAGGUUAGCAUGAAUGGAAACGAUCUCAGGGAAAUGAUGGAGUUACUCUGGGGGCCCUCUGGGCUCCCUCAGGAGUGCAGGGGGAUCUCUCUACCUUGCCUCAAAAGAGGGAGACUUGGUGCUAAACUUCGGGGAGGUGUUUCUUUGUGUGUACAGUCCACUUUGCAUGUACCUAGUCCCCUAGGACUAUGCAUUCAUGCAGUGUUACUAAGUCUUGGUUUUAAUUUAUUAUUAUUUUUAAGACUCUUGUGAAGCUUUUACCUUCAAAGUCUGAAGUAAUUGUCACGUAAUCCAUUUUAAUAAAGUUGUGUGUGAUAUUCUUUCAAAUCCCUUCAGGGAUAGCAGACCUGUUUAUCUGGCUAAACCCGUUCUUUAGUAAUCAUGGACCACUGAAGUUGUUUUCUCCUUAUUCUUAGUUUCUUAACAAUACCUUUCAAAAUUGGCUGCAGUCUCUCUCUCUCAUCCCAACCAGCCCCCGCCCUUCUUAGCAAUCUGUCAUCUUAAAAUAAAAGAGCCUGCAGCAAAGUUUGUCUGCCAUUAAAAGUCAAGACAGACCUUAUGGUUUUCCUUUUGUAUUGGAAAAUCUCAGCCUUUUCAAAGUAUUUAUUUAGCAGUCUUUCUCUUCUGAAUGGCUUUCACCAGGUCUAAAAGAUGUUCUUUGAGAACAAACUUCAGGGAAAUGUUAUUUUUGAUAGGUGGA